CACAUCUACCCCUUCUUUGUGGGCAGCCAGGCCUGCCUUCGAGUGGCGCUCGGGCUAGCCAGUGUGACCACACAUUUUUCCUUAUUUGGCCCCAGAUUGGGCUCCUGGGGAGGGGGCAGCAUGCCUACCUUGCUCCCUGCUCUUCCCUUUGGCGAGGCUUGGAGGCAGGAGGCCUGGCCCCAAGUUGCCCUGGGGAGGGUCCUCACAGGGGGUCUUGGCAACCACCCCUCCAGGCUCACCCUCCUGCCCUUGCCACCUCCCACAGGGCCCCUGCGCUUUGUCAUCAUCCACAAACGCUGCGUCUACUACUUCAAGAGCAGCACCUCCGCCUCCCCGCAGGGUGCCUUCUCCCUGAGUGGCUAUAACCGGGUGAUGCGGGCGGCCGAGGAGACCACGUCCAACAACGUUUUCCCCUUCAAGAUCAUCCACAUCAGCAAGAAGCACCGCACGUGGUUCUUCUCGGCCUCCUCCGAGGACGAGCGCAAGGUGACUGGGGGUGUGGGCCUGCAGGCACCAGGCUGGACCCGCCUCGGGGGCUCGCUGGUGCCGGGGCUCUGGCCUCUCAGCCCCGAGCAAGGAGGAGGUGUGGCCAGGACACAGGCAGCUGGGUGGGCGCCGCCCCUAGCCCCAUCCCCGUGCCCAGAGCCUGGUGCCAGCGCCCACACAAGGAACGUGCUGUCCUGGGAGGUGCCCCUGUGGGCUGAGGGGAACCACACAGCCAUGCUGUAUCCAGCUGGGUCUUCUCCCCUGACCUUGGGAGUCACAGCAGAGCAGGCAGGGCAGCGAUGGUGGAGGGGUGCGGUGGGGCCCACCCUGGUG